AUGAAUAAUUCAUUGUUAGAUUGUUUUGUUCUUUCAUAUGAUUGGGAUAAUAAUGGAUUAAAGCAAAAACUUACUCCAAUGUUUAAACAUAAAAGAUUUAUAUGUAUAGUGAAUUGUGAUGAUGUUCAAGAGAGUUUUUGUGAAAGAGGUGCUUAUGCAAUUAAAGAAACUGCUAAUUUGUAUCAUAUUGCAUAUAAUGAGUUAUAUAUGGUUGGAUGUGAUGGAGAAGGUAUUGUUGAGAAAGACAUAAAGAAACAGGAAAAGGCUAUUAAUUUUGGAAAGCAAGUUGGUGUAGAACAUUUACAAUCUAUUAAUUAA